AUGUUGGGGCUGCCCUGCCUGGUGGGGCUGCUGACCUUGCUGAUGUCCUCUGUUGCUCCACCGGUGCCUCCCGCUCCGGGCAGCCCCCUGUCAGACAGCGAGUACCAGCUCUUCUUUGCCAGACUGCAGCCCCCCUGGAAGGCGGAGGUGUCCUGCCAGCUGCGCCAGGCACACGGCUGCCUCAGCCCCGCCGUCCUGCAGCUGGACCAGGAGGAGAACCAUGGCCGUGUCCCCAAAGGGCCGGUCUGCUCUGAAUUCCCAGAGGCACCGUGGUUUCAGACCUUCUGCCAGUUCGCCCAGUACCGAUGCUUCAAACACCAGUUCUACGCCAAGGUGGGGAGCAGGAUUCAGACCGGGGAGGGGGGGAGCAUCACUUGGGAGGUGGAAGAGCGAAUCUCAUGUCUGAGUUUGUCUCCUCCAAAAAACCUUCUCCUCCCAAUGGAGCAACCUCAUGCUGCGGGCUCCUGGGCAAGGGGCGAAAGCUCUCCUAUGGAAGAAGGGCGGGCUUCUCUCUCGCCCGCUGAUGCCCUGCUGCGCACCAACGUGGACGCUCUCCUGAAGUACUCCUAUGCACUGUCGAGUCAGAAGCCGCUGCCGAAGAAGCUCCCCCCGGCCACAGCAGGGGUGCCGAGACAGCCGGAGGACAGGAGGCCGCCUGUGCUCCCACCAACCCUGCCGGUCCCGCCUGCCCCCUCGCCUCCCAGGCUGGGACCCCCUGCCCGGGCGGCGCAAACCUGGGAGCGACGCCUGCAGGACAGCGUCUGGCAGCUGAUCCACUUGGCCCUCUCCUUGGAGACAUCCCUAGGCACCGAGGGCUCUUCUCCGGCCUCCGGCACCAAGUCAGACCCAGAGAGCACGUCAGGCAACGCCAAGGAGGGGGUGCAAGAAACAGAUCCCCCUGGCAGCCUUUUAGCCCUGAAGAAGGAUGAGGCAGUGACGAUCCUGUGCUAUGCAGUGCUGGAGGGAAACUGUCUCUCGUCGGUGGUCACCGAGGCCUGGAAGGAGAUGGAAGAAAGAGUCCUUGGGUUUGGAGAUUUGGUGUGUGACAACCUCGGGCGGCGUCACAUGGACCUGUGCCCUCACUGCGCUUUCUGCUCGCUGAAGAAGGAGCAGUGUCAGAACAUCAAAAACCUGAACCGCGUUCACUGCGAGACAGGCAGCUUCAUCACCUACAUCAACCCUCAGAUCUCAGCCCAGUACCAGGCUGCAGGCAACAAGCACGGCUCUUUUUAUCCCACCCCUUUGCAGACCUCGGAGUACUACAGCAUGGAGGUUUUCAGAGGGCUGAGGGUGGAGUACUGGUGCAGCCGGAUGGCCACCCGUGGCUGUGAGGACCCUCGUGUGACCCUCUGGCUGAAGGCAGAGUACACGGCCCUCCAAGUCAGAGAUGCCCCGAGCCAGAUCUGUGACUCGGAUGGCAUUCAGCACCCCAGCUACUGCGCGUUCAAGAGCCACCAGUGUCUGCAGCAGAGCCUCUACAACCAGAAGGUGACUCACCGCGGCUGCCGCAGAAACGAGACGUACCGGGUGUUGAGUGAGGAGGAGGGAGAGGAGGAGGUGCGGCUGUGGCACCAGCGGUUCCUCAGCCUCACCAAGGGGUGA